AUGGCGGUCGCCGCGCAGCGUUUGCCGGCCGAUUUCUCGGACUCGGGCGCGGUGCAUUCGCUGGCCUCCGACUGGAGGUCGGAGCGACCGACGGCCAGCGUCGCCUGCGCCACUGAUCCCAUCGAGGUGGCGCACGCAAAGACGCAGGCGCCAAGGGUGAGGGAGGGGGCGUCGCAGACAGAGGAUGCAGAGGAGUGUGGGGCGGUGCGACUGGCGCGCGACUACUACGUUGAGUCGGCCGAGCUCAACGCAUUCCUCGCACGCAGCACGCCCGAGCUGGAGGAGGCGCUGCACCGCAACCUCGGCACGACCGCAUUCGACAACCAUGACGUCAGCUGGGAGGACGAGCGCGACGUGGCCACGUGCCUGCACUCGCUGCGGCACCGCGCCGCCCUACCGCCGAACACGCCCGCCUCCGUCCUCGAGUCGUGCACCGCCGUCUCAUGGAACGCCACCGGCAGCGUGGUCGCCGCCGCCUACGGCCCGCUCGACCGGAACGACUGGGAGAGCAGCGAGUCCGUGCUCUGCACGUGGUCGGUGAUGCGGCGGCAGCUGGACCCGAGCAGGGCGGACCACACGCUGCAGCUUCCCUGCUGCCUCGUCUCCCUCGCCUUCACCGCGUCGAGCCCGACCUCCUCGCCGGCGGGCGGCUUCAACGGCGACGCGCCCCUGGCCGGUGGCGCGUCUCUCGCCUUCUCCCCCGUCGACCCGUCCACCUUUGUGUCGGGCUUCGAGGCGGGGCAGCUCCUCAAGUGCGGCCUGCACGCCAACGAGGCGCGCUCCUCCGAGAGCGUGCAAGCGCCGCGCGGCGGGCCGGAAGGGGGAGGGCUGCGCUGGGCGCCCGAGGCGGCGACCCUGCUGACGCGGGUGGGCCGCUCGCACUUUGAGCGGCUCAAGGAGCGCGUCGAGCGCGAGGCGCAGAUGGCGCGGGCGAAGGAGGUGACUCCGACGCUCGUGCUCGCGGCCCAGCCGCCAGCCGAGCAGCUCUACGGCUCCCCAGCCUCGCUACUGUACCAGCCGCACUCGGGACCCGUCUACGGGGUCGCCUUCUCGCCCUUCCACCGCCACGUCUUCCUCUCCGUCUCGACCGACGCGUCGGCCCGCCUCUUCAGCCUGCUCUCGCCGCAGCCGCUGCUCGUCACCGAGCCGAGCGCCGCGCCGCUCUACUCGUGCUCGUGGUCGCCCGCGCGGCCGUCGGUCUUUGCGGUGGGGGGCGCCGACGGGCAGCUGCACGUGUACGACCUGAGGCGGUCCAGGGGCAAGCCUGAGCUCGCGCUCAAGGUGACGGGCGACGGCUCGGCUGUGUACGCCGUCGCCUUCAACCCCGCCGAGCCCUCCCUGAUCGCCACGGCCGACGGCCAGGGCAUUGUGAAAAUCUGGAGGCUCUCCCGCGCGCUCUCCUCGAUGGCGCCGCGCGAGCAGGAGGCGGCACAGACUGUGAUGUGA